GUAUGUCUAUGGUUUCAAAUAAAGUACAAAAAACACAUGUUCUUAUCUUUCUCAUUGUAUCGGAAAAUUUUCUAUAAAAACCCUUGCAUAAAUAAUGUUGUCCCUUUUAUUCACGACGUCGUUUGGCCCUCAUACCGUUAAAGAGCAUGAUUGGUGAGAUAUAGUGCUAAAUUCCAACUAAAACCUACCCGAAUACAUAGCCCCAAAAUGGCGACGCCACCGGUAGCGCCAUCACAGGCGGCAGGGGGGAACUUUGAAGCACCACCGCCGCCAGCGAUGCAGCCUCCUGGAACGGACAUGACAGGUAUAUGUUUCAGAGAUCAAUUGUGGCUAAACACGUACCCUCUUGAUCGAAACCUAAUUUUCGAUUACUUUGCCCUAUCUCCGUUCUAUGAUUGGACCUGCAACAACGAGAAGCUCAGGAUGCAAUCCAUUCACCCUCUUGACAUCUCUCAACUUUCGAAAAUGACUGGGAUAGAGUACAUGCUUAGUGAAGUUAUGGAGCCACACCUCUUUAUUAUCCGUAAGCAAAAGAGGGACAGUGCGGAGAAAGUAACACCGAUGCUAGCAUACUAUAUUUUGGAUGGUUCGAUAUAUCAAGCACCACAACUUUGCAAUGUCUUUGCAGCUCGAGUUGGACGUGCCCUCUAUUAUAUAUCAAAAGCUUUUACAACUGCUGCAUCAAAGUUGGAGAAGAUUGGAUAUGGUGAUACCGAAAAUGAAAGUGAAACUUCGGAACCAAAGGGUGGUAAAGAGACAAUUGACUUCAAGGAAGUUAAGCGUGUGGAUCAUAUUCUUGCCUCUUUACAGCGAAAGUUACCACCAGCCCCUCCUCCACCUCCGUUUCCAGAUGGCUUUGUUCCGCCUACAACAGAAGCAGAGAAAGAGCCAGAAAACCAGCAAACAACAGAACCUCAACCUCCUGCUGUUGAUCCCAUCAUAGAUCAAGGUCCAGCUAAGAGAAUGAAAUUUUGAACCCAUUGUUUUUCCUCCCAUUUCAAUGGAGCAUUAGAACUUUUUUAGCCUUGUGUUGGGCACAAGCCUGAGAGUAGAGAACUUCUAAUCAUCUAAUGUAAUGAGAAGUCUGUUGUAUAAUUAGCUAAUCUCUUCCUUUGUUUAACUAUUUUAACCACUGUGAUGUCUCAAAGAGUCAAGACUAUCGAAAUCAUUAUACCA